AUUUUUUUUUUCACUCUUCUUAAAAAAAGUAAAAAAAAUCAAAAAAAAAAAACUUUAUAUCAUUUACGAUGGUCGAUAAGAUGGAUAUAGAUCAUCAUGAGGCAGAUUCCAUUGAGCCUUUGACAAAGGAGUUUUAUGAAGGAAAACAUAUAGCAGCUCCUGUUAAAGAAAUUGAGGAUAAAUGGAAAUUAUUACCUGCAUUUUUAAAAGUUAAAGGUCUCGUUAAACAACACAUUGAUUCAUUCAACUAUUUUGUCAAUGUUGAUCUUCAAAAAAUUAUCAAAGCCAAUGAAAAAGUGACUUCUGAUGUUGAUCCUCAUUUUUAUCUAAAAUAUACAGGCAUUCGUGUUGGUAUGCCAGAACGUACAGACGCCGAUGUAGCCAAUCGUAGUUAUACACCUCACGAAUGUCGUCUUCGUGAUUUGACUUAUUCAGCAAAUAUUUAUGUCGACGUUGAAUAUACUCGUGGCCGUCAAAUCGUCAAGAGAAAAAAUGUUGUCAUCGGCCGUUUGCCCAUUAUGUUACGAUCUGCCCGUUGUGUUUUGACAGGCAAGAAUGAAGCUGAAUUAGCACGUAUGAAAGAAUGUCCUCUCGACCCUGGAGGAUACUUUGUCGUAAAAGGCACUGAAAAGGUCAUUUUAGUUCAAGAGCAGUUAUCUAAGAAUCGUAUUAUUGUUGAUGUAGAUAAAAAGGGAAACGUAGUUGCUAAUGUUCAAAGUUCAACUCAUGAACGUAAAUCAAAAACAGCUGUCUUUGUCAAAAAUGGCAAAAUUUAUUUAAAGCACAACUCUAUUUCAGAAGAUAUUCCUGUUGCUAUUUUUAUGAAAGCAUUGGGUGUACAAUCAGAUCGAGAAAUUGCACAACUUGUUUGUGGUAACGAUCACGAUUUGAAUGACGCUUUUGCCAUCAACAUUGAAGAAUCUUCUCGUUUACGUGUCUUUACUCAGUUACAAGCUUUGGAUUAUAUUGGUGCAAAGGUGAAAGUAAAUCGAAAAUUAUCUACUGUAAGAAAGACGUUAGCUGAAGAAGCAUUAGAGGUACUUGCAACUGUUGUUUUAGCUCAUGUACCAGUCGAAAAUUUGAACUUUAGAGAAAAAAGUAUUUAUGCUGCUGUUAUGAUUCGUCGUGUGUUGAUUGCCAUGACAGAUGAAGUGCAAGUCGAUGAUCGUGAUUAUGUUGGUAAUAAACGUUUAGAAUUGGCAGGUCAAUUGCUUUCACUCUUAUUUGAAGAUUUAUUCAAGAAGUUUAAUUCGGAUUUAAAGUUAAAUGCAGAUAAAGUGCUUAAGAAGCCUAAUCGUACACAAGAAUUUGAUAUAUUUAACCAAUUAGUCUUACAUGGUGACCAUAUUACGAGUGGAUUUAUUCGCGCUAUUUCAACUGGUAAUUGGGUCUUGAAGCGUUUCAAAAUGGAUCGUGCUGGUAUCACUCAAGUUUUAUCACGUCUAUCUUAUAUCUCUGCUUUGGGUAUGAUGACCCGUAUUACGUCUCAGUUUGAAAAGACAAGAAAAGUAUCUGGUCCAAGAGCAUUACAACCAUCACAAUGGGGUAUGUUAUGUCCAUCAGAUACUCCAGAAGGUGAAGCUUGUGGUUUAGUAAAGAACUUGGCUUUAAUGACCCAUAUUACAACUGAUCAAGAGGAAGACCCUAUUCGAAAGAUUGCUUUUGCUUUAGGUAUUGAAGACGUUAAUCUUCUAACUGGUGCUGAAUUAUAUCAACCCAACACCUUUAUUGUCCUCUUGAAUGGUGUUAUCUUGGGUAUUACUCGUCGUGUACAACAAUUUGUAACUAGUUUCCGUCGUCUUCGUCGUGCAGGUCGUAUCUCUGAAUUUGUAUCUGUCUUUGUGAAUAUACAUCAAAGAACUGUCAAUUUAUCAUCUGAUGGUGGCCGUAUUUGUAGACCUUUAAUUAUUGUAGAAAAUGGACAGCCUGCUGUUAAGCAACAUCAUAUUAAUGACUUGAUUGCGGAUAAAUUAUGCUUUGAUGACUUUUUAAAAAUGGGUCUUGUCGAAUAUGUGGAUGUUAACGAAGAAAGUGAUGCGAAUAUUGCAGUAUAUGAAAAGGAUAUUAUACCACAAACGACUCAUUUGGAAAUUGAACCUUUCACACUCCUUGGUGCAGUUGCAGGUCUUAUUCCUUAUCCUCAUCAUAAUCAAUCGCCUCGUAAUACAUAUCAAUGUGCUAUGGGUAAACAAGCUAUUGGUGCUAUCGGUUAUAAUCAAUUAAAUCGUAUUGAAACAUUGAUUUAUUUGAUGGUGUAUCCUCAACAGCCUAUGGUAAAGACAAAGACAAUUGAAUUGAUUGGCUAUGAUAAAUUACCUGCAGGUCAGAAUGCAACAGUAGCUGUCAUGAGUUAUUCAGGUUAUGAUAUUGAAGAUGCUUUGGUAUUAAAUAAAUCAGGUCUUGACCGUGGCUUUGGUCGUUGUCAGGUAUUGAGAAAGUAUGCCAGUUUAGUAAAACGUUAUCCUAAUGGUACACACGAUCGUCUCGCUGAUCCUCCAGCUCGUGAUUCCGACUUUUGGAAUGAAACUUAUGAUGCUAUUGAACAAGAUGGUAUUGCAGGUGUAGGCGAACCAUUAGAAGGUGGCUCUAUCUUUAUUAAUAAACAAGUCCCUGUUAGUGGUGGUAUUGAUACUAAUGUACCUGGUGCUUCACAAAGCGUAGCUUACAAGCCGGCUCCUCAUCGUUACAAGUCACCACAAACGGGCUAUGUUGAUAAAGUCUUGUUUACAACUACUGAAUCCGAUCAAACAUUAAUUAAAGUCAAUAUUCGUCAAACACGUCGACCUGAGUUAGGUGAUAAAUUCUCUUCACGUCACGGACAAAAAGGUGUAUGUGGUAUUAUUGUUCAACAGGAAGAUAUGCCAUUUUCAGAUUUGGGUGUAUGUCCAGAUAUCAUUAUGAAUCCUCAUGGUUUCCCAUCUCGUAUGACAGUCGGUAAGAUGAUUGAAUUAUUAGCUGGUAAAGCAGGUGUUUUAGAUGGUUCUUUACAAUAUGGUACUGCUUUUGGUGGUUCUAAAGUAGAAGACAUGAGUCGUAUCUUGAUUCAACAUGGUUUUAAUUAUUCUGGUAAAGAUUACGUAACAUCUGGUAUUACAGGUGAACCACUCUCUGCUUAUAUCUUCUUUGGUCCCAUUUAUUAUCAAAAAUUGAAACACAUGGUUAUGGAUAAAAUGCAUGCUCGAGCAAGAGGUCCUCGUGCAACUUUAACACGUCAACCUACUGAAGGUCGUUCAAGAGAUGGUGGUCUUCGUCUUGGUGAAAUGGAGCGUGAUUGUUUAAUUGGCUAUGGUGCUUCCAUGUUAUUAUUGGAACGUUUAAUGAUUUCAUCAGAUGCCUUUGAAGUUCAUGUUUGUGAUAAAUGUGGUUUAAUUGGUUAUGCUGGCUGGUGUCAAUUCUGUAAGAGUUCAAAAUACAUGAAGACAAUGGAGAUACCCUAUGCCGCUAAAUUAUUAUUCCAAGAAUUAAUGGCAAUGAAUAUUUCUCCUCGAUUAAUUCUAGAAGAUGCUAUUUAA